AACAAGUUAGGAAACGGUGAUGGGGGCUGGGUUUCGGCUCUAUAUAAGAGAUGGGCAGUCAGGAUUCCGAAACUAACCUUAUCUCGGACCGCCUCCGUAACGUCCUCUCUCUGACACAGGUUUGAACAUUAGAGAGAUGUCUGAACCAAGCACCAAUAAUCCAAACAGAAGAAAGCCAUUGACUUCAUACAUUGGGCGGCAGGCCAUCCCUUCCAAUUAUUCCAAUGCUGAAGAGAAUGCCAUCCCUGACUUUCAGUAUUUUGGAAUGACUCCUAGAACACCACCUAAUCUGCAAGGUUUCCUUGAAAUUUGGGGCGUAGAUAUGCACCCAAAUCCGGAUGACAUUAACAAGAAACAGCAUCACACGGAACUCUACAACUCCAAUAACCUGAUUGUGAGACGUGGACAGCCCUUCCAGAUCACCGUCACUACAAACCGGCCCUACAAAGCGGAAAAGGACAAGCUCUGGAUUGAGCUUUUGAUUGGUCGCUACCCAAAUAUCACCAAAGGAACUUAUAUUCCAAUUUACAUACAAGAGGAGUUGGAGAGAGGAAAAUGGGGAGCCAAAGUCAAGUCUGUCUUGGGAAACAACCUCAGCCUCACAGUCUUGUCUCCCCCAGACUGUAUCGUGGGAAGAUUCAGAGUGUAUGUUGCCAUAAUGACCCCGGUUGGAAUCCGCAGGAGUGUUCGGGAUAAGACAACGGAUAUCUAUUUCAUCUUUAACCCUUGGUGUGAAGAGGAUGCCGUGUACCUCAGUGAUGCUGCUGAAAGAGAGGAGUACGUCUUAAAUGAUGUCGGCUGCAUUUACUAUGGGAAGUUUGAAGAAAUAACAACCAGAUCUUGGAUUUUUGGACAGUUUGAAAGCAAUAUAUUGGACGCAUGUAUCUACAUAAUGGACAGAGCCCAGAUGCCUCUGCAAACAAGAGGGUGCCCAAUCAAAGUGUGCCGUGUUGCAUCUGCCAUGAUUAACUCGAAAGAUGAUGACGGUGUUCUUGUUGGAAAUUGGAGCGGGCAAUACGAGAAUGGAGUGGCUCCCACGGCCUGGAAUAGCAGCGUGGAAAUCUUGUUAAAGUAUUUCGAGACUAAGUGGCCUGUUUGUUAUGGACAGUGCUGGGUCUUUGCUGCAGUUUUAAACACAGUCCUUCGGUGCUUGGGAUUACCAGCUAGAGUGGUGACAAACUUCUCCUCCGCCCACGAUAAUGAUGCCAAUUUGAGCACUGACAUUAUUCUGGAUCCAGACGGAAAUAAACUCGUAGAAUUAACCAAGGACUCAAUCUGGAACUACCAUUGCUGGAAUGAGGCCUGGAUGACCAGGUCAGAUCUUCCACCAGGUUAUGGUGGUUGGCAAGCUGUGGAUGCCACACCUCAAGAAACAAGUGAAGGCAUGUACAGAUGUGGGCCAGUCUCUGUUAAGGCCAUAAAACAGGGGAAGGUUUUCCUUCCAUUUGAUGGACCUUUCGUUUAUGCAGAGGUAAACAGUGAUGUUGUAUAUUGGACCAAACAGAAGGAUGGUUCCCUGACGAAAGGGGACGUGAAAACUGAUGAAGUUGGCAAGUUGAUUCUGACCAAGGAGGUUGGGUCUGAUAUGAGGAAGAAUAUCACGGAUCUGUAUAAAUACCCAGAAGGCAGCCAGGAGGAGAGAUUGGCCCAGGACACAGCCAUCCAGUACGGAAUUAAGAAAGAAGAAGUUGUAGCUGAAUUGCCAAAAGAUGUCUCAGUGGACAUAGAAGUGGCUAAGAACGUCGUAGUGGGCACCGACUUCAAGAUCAGCCUGAAGAUCAGAAACAACAGCAAUGCAAGACGAAACCUCAAGAUCCAACUCUCCGGCUAUGUCGUGUUCUACACGGGAGUCCCAAAAGUCCAAGUUACCGAUGAAACGAUUGAAGUGGAAGUGGAGCCUAAUCAGGUCCAUCAGACAACAGUGCAAAUCAAGUCAGAGGACUAUGAGGAUGAGCUGGUUGAACAGUCCACUCUGGAGUUCCUCGUCACUGGUCAUGUCGUUGAGACUGGGCAGAAUUUGGUUACCCAGAAGGUUGUUACCCUACAGAUUCCAAAGCUGGAUAUAACGGUUGAAGGAGAAGUAGCCUUUGGGAAUGAAGUGACUCUCACCUUUCAGUUUACAAACCCUUUCCAAAAGCCUCUGGAAUAUUUGGUUCUCCGCAUUGAUGGACUGGAUUACCUCAAACCAAAGCUAAAGUUAUUCAGUAUACUCCCUGAGAAUGGGACCCUGAUAACGAAGGAGUCCGUUGUACUGAAGAAAUAUGGUCAGUGGAAGGUGAUAGCCAGUCUUGAUUGCACUGCACUCAGGCAGGUCGUCGGUGAGCUGCAAUUAAAUGUCCAAUAAGGGAAGGAGCACAGAGUGACUGAAAAUCAAUUUCACCAAGUCACACAGGUAUCAGGGAGGAGGAACCAGGAGCAUGUAUUGAAUGGUGUUUGAAAGGGAAUUUCCUGUUUUUUUUACUAAUACUGCCGCGCCUCUGUAUAUUUCUUCUAUGGAAUAGGUUUCAGCACUUCAGAAUUUAUCCUUGCUAUCUUUUACAUAUCUGCACAGCAAUAUUUUCUUAUCUUUGAAGUGGCUGUUUUGUUAUAUUUUGAGAAGUAUUUAUAAACCAAAAUAAGGUUUAUGUCAAUAUGCUACUAUUCCUUUCACUGUGGCUUUAGGGUCCAGAAGGCUUUUUUUAAAGUAGCAUUGCCAACUAAAAAAUGUAAUGGAAAACUUGGAUCAGAUGAAAUACACGCUCACAGCCAUGACUAUUACCUUCUUGCUUCCUUGCCCCUUGAGAUUGUUUCAUGCCCUUGUUUCAGUGUCAGCUGUGGCUCAGAGUGUAGUGUUGUCACUGAGUCAGUAGGCAUGAGGGCUAGGCUGAGUUGCUGGUGUAGUACUGAGGGACAUGAUCUUCUGGGUGAGACAAUUAAACCAAGCCCCAUCUGCUCUUUGAGAGAUGUAAGACAUUCCCAUCUGGUGAUGGCAGAGUUGAUGGCUUCUGGCCGGGCUAUUUAUCUGAAAUGCUAGUUCUGUUUCUCUCUUCUGCCAGACCUGCUGACCAUUUCUAGCCUUUUCUGUUCAUUUCAGACUUCAAGCUUCCAUGUUAUUUUGCUUUUGUUACAAAGGUUAUAACCAGUUGAACACAAACAUAUUCACAGCAAGCAGCCUUAUCUGAUGGAAGCCCAUAUUAAGAUAUAAAGGGCUGGCAGAAAUUGCAGACCGGUGGGGUUCCAUGCCAAAAGAACAUUUUCAUAAAUAUCUCAUCAAUAAGUAUCAUAUUAAUGUAUAUUGUAAUACUGUAAUACAUAUUAAUGCUAAAGCUUUGUCUUAACAUACUACAUUCAUUCCUUCAAUACACACAAUUAUUAUUCUGAGCUGGCUGCUAAUAAAACUA